AUGUCCAUAUCCCAUGGAAGUAAACUUUUGCUGAAGAUACCAGUAAUUAAAACAGAGUUGCUUUGGAGACCAAAGCGCACUUCAGAUCGGAAACUCAGACCCAAAACAUUUUACUUAAAUAAUGGACCAUUAACAGCGUUUAUUGGCAAUAUCUACAUUAAAGAUGGUUUUGGUUUUGAUGUGAAAGACUAUCUUAGUGGUUCAAUAGCAUCUCCAGAUGUCAAAUUAAAUCUUGGUGGAGAUUUUAUCAAAGAAUCUACAGCUACUACAUUUCUGAGACAAAGAGGAUAUGGCUGGCUUUUGGAAGUUGAAGAUGAGGAUCCUGAAGAUAACAAGCCUCUCCUGGAGGAAUUGGAUAUUGAUUUAAAGGAUAUUUACUACAAAAUCCGAUGUGUUUUGAUGCCAAUGCCGUCGCUUGGCUUUAAUAGACAAGUGGUGAGAGACAAUCCUGACUUUUGGGGUCCUCUGGCUGUUGUUCUUUUCUUUUCAAUGAUAUCAUUGUAUGGACAGUUUAGGGUGGUAUCGUGGAUUAUCACCAUUUGGAUAUUUGGUUCCUUAACAAUAUUCUUACUGGCCAGAGUUCUUGGUGGAGAAGUUGCAUAUGGCCAAGUUCUUGGAGUUAUAGGCUAUUCAUUACUUCCUCUCAUUGUAAUAGCCCCUGUACUUUUGGUGGUUGGAUCAUUUGAAGUGGUGUCUACACUUAUAAAACUGUUUGGUGUGUUCUGGGCUGCCUACAGUGCUGCUUCAUUGUUAGUGGGUGAAGAAUUCAAGACCAAAAAGCCUCUCCUGAUUUAUCCAAUCUUUUUAUUAUACAUAUAUUUUUUGUCCUUAUAUACAGGGGUCUGAUCAGGAAAAGUCAUACUUAAGUGGAAAAAGACGAUAUUACCUUUUUAUGUGAACUGGGAGUUCUUGCUGAAGGAGCUUAGAGAAAACCUUGCUGAUAAAAUUUUACACGUUCCAGAUGUAAAGACAGAAUUAAGGUCUUUUUAAAAAAAAAGGUUUUGUAUUUAAUUAAACAUUUGCAGAUAUCUGUGGGGGCUUUUGUCAGAAUACACAAGUCUGUUUGAUUCUUCAUAUUCCAGUGAAUAAAAUAAAUAAGCAUUAUGUUUAUAAGGUUGUGUCAAUAUUAACCUAAAAACUUGUGCCAAAAGCACCUGGCCCUGGUAGUAGUAUCUUUCACAUGAAGUGUAAAUAUGACAUGAUCUCAAUAAUCUAGAAGUGCACUUUUCUUCCUUUAAAGAGCUUCUCCCACCACAGAUCCUGUAGGUAUAUAUUUAUAUUUAUACAUAUGUAUUUAUGAAAUAAUUCUUAUUCACAAAAUAUAUUUCUGAGUAACCUGAAAAUUAAGAUCUUUUAAACUGGAUGCUUAAAGUUUCUUUAAUUUGGCCAUUAAUCUUUUUUAUUUUGAAAUUGAAAUUUGUUUAUUAAAUUAUGCAUAAUUUUAAAAAUAUCAUGUUUCAGUACAUCUUUGUUAAGUAUUUUAAAUAACUACUAAAAUUAAUUGUAAACGUUGCUAAUGUAGAUUUGGUUUGCUUGGGUGUGCUUUGAAAAACUAUUUUGAGCGUAUAAACAUCUGAUUAAAGUUUCUGUUUAUAUAUCUGACCAAAGGAGCAAGAGGUAUAAUGUCUGAUAAGGCUUUCAUGAAAAUGGUUACUAUAGAAACUAUUGAUGUAGAAGAACAGUAGUACUUAGAGUGUCAGUUUUGUUUUGGUUUUUUUUGAGUGUCAGUUAUUUUUAAAGUGGUACUCCUAAACCAUAAAAGUUGCUGGAAAAGGACCUUUAAAUUCUUGUGGUCCUGAACUAGAAAAAAAUAUUAACUAGAAAAAAAUAAUAAAAUGCUUUCCAGCUUUGUGUUUUGUUUUUCAGCACCUUGUUUCAUAAUACUUGAUAGUUGACCAAGUAUCAAGUACUGAUUAAGCGUCAGAUACUCCCUAAAGUUUUUGCCAAAGGAAAGAAAUUUGUAACUAAUAAAAAUUAGUUACAAAUACAGUUGACCCUUGCAUAAUGACAACCCCCACCUCUCAAUAGUAAAAUACAGCUUUUGAUUCCCCCCAAACAACUAUUAGUACCCUACAGGUGGUGUAGUGGUUACCUUUGGAGCUGCGAACUGCAUGUCAGAAGUGCCAGGUUACCAGGAGAAAGAUGAGGCUGUCUGCUCCUGUAAACCCUAGAGAGCACUUCUCGUUCCGCGAGGGUUGCUGUGAAUGAAAACUGACUCAGUGCAGUGGGAUUGGUUAGGCUUGAAUGUUUUAUAUACGUCACUUAAAGCUGCAUUUUCAGUAUGUAAAAGAAAGGUAUUUCAUUAAAAGUGCAAGGUUUUCAUGCCUCCUGUCAUA